AUGGAAAAGAUCAACCCACUGCUUCAUCCACCCUGGAGUACAAAAGAACCCAGAGAAGCAGCCUUAAGACGGGUCGGUGCCCCGUCAGGACGCAUAAGAGAAGAAGCAGCGGACAACUUCCAAAUACUCCUGCAAUCCAUCCCUAAUAACGAUAUUAUAAUCUACUCAGAUGAAUCCAAAUUAGAAAAUGGCCAAACAGGUGGUGGUUAUGUUGGUUUCCAAGCUGGCUCCCAAUUCCUGUUAAAAGCUGCGAUGACACACUCUACUGCCCAAUGCUCACCAAACCUGUGGAUAUGCCUUGACAACCUUGAGGUCGCUAUCCAACUCCUCUCCUUAUCUAUAGGCUCCUCUCAAGCCGUCUUCGAGUCAUUCAACACACUUGCCGCUACCUGGCCAUCAAGAAGGAGACUCCUCCAAAUUGAGAGUGGGGCAGUCCGAAUCCGCUGGGUCCCAGGACAUGCCAACAUCCCUGGAAAUGAAGCAGCAGACUGCGCUGCCAAAGAGGGCGCGGGAAAAACCGUCCCUACCUCCCACCCAUGGUCAUAUACAGCAUUUAAGCGACAUACCAAAUCACAAGCUGCCUCAAGAGCACAGACGUAUUGGCAGUCAGCGGCCCCGCAGGCCUAUCAAGAUCUUGAAAUCACCACCUUUUCAAGAUGCCCACUAGAACUCCAGCUUCCCCGCCAUAUCUUAGGACGAAUCCUUGCAGCACGCACAAAACAUAGAGACUUCGCAGACUACCAUGAACGGUUCAACCAUACAGAUGCCCAUCUCACGUGCCGAUGCGGCGCAAGAAAGUCCCCAAUCCACUUUAUCUUCUGCCAGAUCGCAAAGAGGAAGGCUCCAAGAUUCCCUGGACAUCCUUCGGAAGUCAUUCCUUUCCUCCUGGGCACCCCAAAGGGCGCCACCAAACUAGCCAAAUGGCUCACGGAGACCCGAUUCUUCGAGGAUAUCUGCCCUCGAAGGCCCCCUCUUAGCACAUAA